UGCAUAUAACACUAACCAUAAACAACAUACUAAGUUCAAAUUGUCAACUCUGUUACAAUCUCAGUGGCAUGUGGACGUACGUUUCAUUAAAUCUUGUAACCUGCAAGAAAUUCACGUGUUUCAGUGAAACUUUAAAUUAACAUUCUACAAUCUUUUUAUUAUAUCCAAGUCCUUCAUCUAGAUAUUAGAAAACCUGCAAUUUUAUUAAGUCAUAAUCUAUGACAUUUGCAUGAAUGUAUUUAUAGAUAUGACCUGCAUUCAAGUGAUUGUCACAUGAAAUAUAUCGAUAUGAGAGAGUUUCUGAGGGCAUUCGGGGAAAACAGACGAACAGAGCAGUAUUGGAGUGUAACACUGUGAAAUAAUAUUUAGUACGUAGUCAGCGACACAAAAGUGAAAUAAUGAUUCUUCUGGGUAAACUUUUCACUGUCUGUUUGGCAUUUACAUAUGUAAGAAGUGAGACGGAGAUUGAUUUGACAAAUGUAGGUCUACCUGUUAAAUUUCCACUUAAUGCUGGAGACAGGCUGAAUGUGGAACUUUUUGUACAUUUAAGAAAAGCACUGACAACACUGAAAGAAAGUGCUAUAGACUCUGGACAGUUUCUGCAUGAUGUAAAAUCCACAGCAGUCGGACAACAAUGCGCUGAAGAUGUUGGGUAUCUGUUUAAUGAUACAAGUGUACUGAUGCUGUAUUUGGAUGCUUUCGGCAAAGAUGCGGAUGGUCUUUUACAACAGAACUGGUUUUGGGCUGGCGACAUGAAAGAAUGUUCAAACAUUCCAGCUGUAUAUAACAAUAUAACAAAACAUAUGAUUUUAAGUAGGUAUAUGGUCGUGGCUUUCUAUUGGAAUGCACAGCCAGUUUUCAAAAAUACCGGUAAGACCAUCGUGACGGGAGUCUGUGUUCCAAGAUCAUGCAAUGAAUCAGAUGUUCCACAGGUUGUUAAUUAUGGCAUUCAUAAGUAUGUACCGAAUUUAACAGCAGUCUUGUCAGUUAAGGCGGAUAAUAAAAAACUGGACAUCGGAGCUGUAACGUUUCUUUCAAUAACUGGAGUGCUAUGCGCUGUAAUCCUGAUAGCAACUAUAGUGGAUUAUGUUGUGUCAGACAAUGGUCCAGUGAAUGUUAUCAAUAAGACAGAACAUGAGACGUCGGAACUUCCGUAUAGUGAGCACCACGAUGAUCGGUCAAGGUUACUGUCAGGGGAUCUUUUUGCUUCAAAUGACACUGAACUCUCUGCACAGUUUUCCAGGAUGACAUUUUUUAAGGUUGUGCAAAUAUUUUCUGUGUAUACCAAUGGUAAGAAGUUAUUUGGAACCGAGACUGCAGUUGGGCCGUUGUCAUGUCUGAAUGGUAUGCGAGUUGUAAGCAUGUGGUGGGUAAUCACUGGACACACCUAUGCAUUUGUUAAUACAUUUGUGGACAAUAAUUUAGAAGCAGCAAAGCUCAUUACCAGGUUUAGUUUCCAGCCAAUUCUCAACGGUUCUUUCUCAGUUGACACCUUCUUUUUUCUGAGUGGAUUACUCGUCACAUACCUUGCCGUGAAGGAGAUCAAGGAGAAAAGGGUGUUUAGUUGGGUUUAUUAUGUUUUUCAUCGCUAUUGGCGACUGACUCCCAUCUAUGCAUUUGUGAUAUUUUAUUAUGCGUAUGUAUAUAUUUUCACAGUAAAUGGACCCUGGCACUUUCUGUUCAACCUACCCGAUAAUGGACUAAUUGAUUACAGGCGUGGUCUGGACCUUUGCAAAAAAUACUGGUGGACCAAUUUGCUCUACAUCAACAACUUUUAUCCAAACAACGGCAGCCUUUCUGGUACAUGUCUGGGUUGGGGAUGGUAUUUAGCAAACGAUAUGCAGUUUUACAUUAUCAUCGGUCCACUGUUGCUACUUCCAAUUUGGAUUACUUACAUAUAUCAGCACAAAAUCACAGACAUCACUAAGAAAGUUCUCAGACUGACGUCGUUAAUUGUUGCAGUGGUAUUGGUAAUUGCAUGCGUAGCUAUACGGUUCGGACUGACAUACUACUAUGGUAUUUUUGACUUAUUUCUAGGACAGCCCACUAAGCAUAAAGACGAAGCCUACGCUAUAAGCGGUCCCUUGUAUGUCCGCCCAUACGCACGGUGCUCAGUGUAUGUCAUAGGAAUGUUGACUGGGUAUGUCCUUGCCUCUAAAAGAAACCGCAUUGUUAUUCAUCGUUUGCUUGCGUUCAUUGGUUGGUGUUUCGCUUUUGGAGUGGGCCUCGCUGUCAUCUAUGGACAAUAUUACUAUUAUCACCGUCUGUUGGAGCCGAAUCCCCCACAUAUGACCCAGCUUCAGUCUGCUUUUUAUAUAUCGCUCAGUCGCACCGCGUGGGCGCUGUGCCUCGCCUGGGUUGUUUUCGCAUGUGUUGCCGGCAAAGGUGGGGCAAUCAAUGACAUCCUCUCCUGGAAAAUAUGGGCACCUCUAGGACGUCUGACUUACGCUGCAUACCUGGUACACCCUAUAGUGAUCUUUACCUACUAUUUGUCGCUGCCCAAAGCUAUUCACUUCUCGGACAUUGAGAUGGUGUCCAUCUGUGUUUCAAUGUUGGUGGUGUCGUAUGUGGUUGCUUUCGUUGUUUCUAUGAUUGUGGAAGCCCCCAUGAUUCAGCUAGAGAAAUUCUUGCUUCCACGUCUAAAGAUAAGGGCUAGAAUUCAGAAUAGAUUCCCAAAUUUGUUAUCUGGAAGUGACUAACGUUAUAUGUUGAAUGUGAAUUAUUUUAACCUCUAUAAUUUCCAGGUUUUCUAACGAUAUAUAUGUAAUGGCAUACCUUGGAAACGAAGACUGCCAUAGAAACGUUUGCUUAUUUUAGGGAAUGAUGUCGUUGCACAGAUUUCACGCCACUUACCUUUUGCGUUAUAGAUCUUUGAUUUAAGCUCAUGUACUGUCUUUAAAAAAUGUGUUUACUCUCAGUAUGUAAAUAAUUUUACGAAUUAUAUGUUGUGUUUGGUCCCUUUCUAACUCACAUUUAUAUUCAAUAUUAUUUUCAUAUAAUCUUUCUCUUGUAAUCAAUUUCCUUUUUCUUAUUUUAUUACGAAUUUAAAGCUUAGUAAAAUCUUCAUUGUAAAUCCCUAUUUUUCCGUUUGAAUCUCACCAUACUUUACAGAUCUGAUGGGUAUUUAUAAGGUAUUCUUCCUCGCUAUUGUCGUACAAAGACAAUUAAAAGCGCAUCGAAGCAUGUCCCUAUUUAACAGGUCGUUUAAAUAAAUAAAUAUGCGUUUUAAACGGAUGUUUUGCUCUCGUUUUGUACUGAGACAAUACUACGAUUGUGAUAAAAAUUACAAUUUAGCGUUGUAACGAAAUAAACAUCUAUAUUAUACAAUAUGUAGUGUGCUUCUAGCAGAAUAAUGAGACCAAGGAUUGCAUUAUGUGAUUGUGUUACACUGUGAUGUAAACAUGGCUUCCAGAAACAUUAUUAUGACAUACAUUAAAUUUGUAUUAAAUCUGAAUGAUUAUAUAAGUAUGUAAAUGUCUUUCUAUGUUCAGUACAACUUUUGUUAACGAUUAAUAAAUAUAACACUUUAAAUACUUGAAUGCUGUAUGCUAUUUACGUUAUUUUGCUAUGAAAACUAGAGACACUUAGAGGUAGAUGUACGAAGAGAACAUUGUUUAGUGAAAAUUGUAUGUCCAUGUUCACAAACUAUGUUUUUGUUGUUUUUUUGCUGUGAUUUAAACGAUAUGUUGUAUGAAUAGUAAUUUAUCUUAUAACCAGGAUUACCAAAAUAGUCAGAUUUUUAGAUCAACAUGUUGUUUUUUUUGUAAAUUUAUUCUCAAAAGUAAAAUAACCAUGUAUGUUUUAGCUUUGUGUAUUAAUUAAACAUGUUUAAUGUUUCCAGAAGAUUAUGUUUGCUCCUUGUUACUAUUUAAUAUUGUCUCAUAGACGUCAUGUAUUGUGAACGUAAUAUACUGGAAAAUGUUUUGUAUUGUGCCUUGAAAUCCCAAAUGUUGUAUUAUAUAUAUGUAUAUGUGUGUAAAUGCCAUAUUGGCCAUAUUGCAAACAAUUUUAAUAAAAAACUAUUGUAAAUCAGUAUAUUCUCACACCUGUAAAUGCGUCGGAUAGGUUAGAUAUUUUCAGUGAAACAACGUAUGGUGAUCCCUUAUCAAUUUUGUUCAAGUUAAUGAACGUGACCCUGGUUAAAAAUUUCCCCACCCCAUGAUAGUAACUUAUAUCCCUAUUUAGUGAAAACUUAAAAAAGCUCCCCUGAAACCGCAACGAUCAGAGGUUUUAGUAUUUGGCAAGUAACAUCGCCUAGUGGUCCUUAAGCAAGUGUAUUCAAAUCAUGCACCUGGUGUCAAAUCCGCUUCUUCCUGGUGGUAACUUGUUUCCAUUCAAAAACAUUCUCCUGUAAAACCGCAAGGCGAAGAGGUUUGGGAAUUAUUUAUAGCAUAAAACGGUAUUCCGGUCAUUUUUUGUAAAAUCUAACGGCAGUCCGGUAAUUGUUAUGUAACAUCAAUCGGUAGUCCGGUAAUUGUUUUGUAACAUCAAACGGUAGUCCGGUAAUUGUUUCGUUGCAUAAAACGGUAGUCCUCUAUCGAGUUUAUUGAAAUCAUGCCCUUGCCUCUUGUUUUUUACGAGUUGUUUUGACCGACAUAUGCGCGUGUCAACCAAAGGCUGUUGAUAUGGGCACUUAUAUUUGAAACUUUUCAGUUGAAUAUUUUUAUAUUUUCCCAUUUUUGUUUUCUGUAUGUUUUGUAUUAACUAUUCUCUUUAUCAAAACUAUUUAAUAUUUUUUCUUGUGUAUUGUUUUCUUUGACAAAUAAAAUAAAAUGAUUUGA